AUGGCCGACUCGAGUGAAACCAAGCCAGCUACGGCGCCUAUUGUGGACGAUGCGCCCAGCAACGACGCAGGUGAAGGAAGCUCAGACACCAAGCAAGAAUCCCACAGCGAUCGCAAACGCAAGAGAUUCCAAGACGACGGACUCAAAUUCGGCCGCGGUGGUAAGAAGAGAGAUAUGGGCAGGAACGCGUGGUCGCGAGAGCAACCAGACCGUAGAUCUCGCAACGACGAAGAAAAGAAGAAGCCCCGUCCUGAAAACUCGGUCCUUCCUGCACCUUUCGCACAGGAUGAGAUUGCCGCAGAGGAGCGCAAACCCAAGCGCAAGGUCGCCGUCUUGAUUGGAUACAGUGGUACUGGUUACAAGGGCAUGCAAAUCAACACGACCGAAAAGACGAUUGAAGGCGACCUCUUCACAGCUUUCGUCCAAGCUGGAGCCAUCUCAAAAGCAAACGCCGAUGAUCCCAAGAAAUCUGCACUCGUCAGAUGUGCUCGUACCGACAAGGGUGUCCAUGCGGCAGGAAACAUGAUCUCACUCAAGUUGAUUGUUGAGGACCCCGACAUUGUCCAGAAGAUCAACUCACACCUAUCACCGCAAAUAAGAGUCUGGGGAAUCGAACGCACAAUCGGAAGUUUCAGCUGCUACCAAGUCUGUGACAGUCGUUGGUAUGAAUACCUGAUUCCAUCACACGCAUUCUUGCCCCCGCAUCCCAGCAGUUGGAUGGCAAGAAACCUGGAAGAGGCUGCCGAUGAGACAGGUGACCGUGAAGGUUACGAGUCUCGUCAGGCCGAGGUCAAGGAUUUCUGGAAGACCGUUGAAGAACGUGACAUCAAGCCUAUUGUGGAUUCUCUGGAUGACGACAUUCGUGAUAUGGUCCUGCAAGCCAUUCAUGAGCCCUCCGAUUUCAACCCUGACGGAGAACAACAAGACAAGCAAGAGGAACAAGUCAAGCAGACUGCUGAACUCAACACAUCAGCACCUGCAGAUGCUGACUCCAAACCGGAAGCUGCUGCCGAGACUGCUGCUAACACCGACACUCCCAUGCCUGACCAGCCUGCCACUCUUGAAUCAACAAACAUUCCUACCGAACAGAAGAAGCGUAUUGAAGUUGCUGUCAGACAGCUAAAGACUGCCUACAAUGCUGCUCGUCGUGCUUUCCGCAUUCCCGAAGAGCGUAUUGCCCGUGUGCAGGCUGCUUUGGACUCUUAUGUCGGCACUCGCAACUACCACAACUUCACCAUCCAAAAGACUGCCAGGGAUCCCUCAGCCAAGCGCAACAUCAAGUCUUUUGUCUGCAACCCGCAACCCAUCAUCAUCAACGGAACUGAAUGGCUGUCAUUGAAGGUUCACGGUCAAUCCUUCAUGAUGCACCAGAUUCGCAAAAUGGUUGGUAUGGUCGCGUUGACAGUCCGUUGUGGUACUCCCAUCGAGCGUAUCGUUGAAGCUCAGGGUGACCUCAAGUACAGCAUUCCCAAGGUUCCUGGUCUUGGUUUGUUGCUUGAGCGUCCUGUCUUUGACAGCUACAACGAGAUUCAAGCCGUCAAGCAUGACAAGGAGAAGCUUGACUUUGGCAAGUAUGAGAAGGAGCUUGAGGAAUUCAAGCAGAGAGAAAUCUACCAGAGAAUCUUCGCCGAGGAGGAGAGAGACAACACAUUCCACCUCUUUUUCAACCAGAUCGACAACUACAAGGAGCGUCAUUUCUUGUACUUGACGUCAAAGGGUAUCGAGGCUACCAAGGGUGCUGGAAAGCUUGAUGAACAAAGAGCAGUCAAGUCGCAGAAUGAUGGAGCCGAUGCUAUGGAGAUGCAGUAA